UGGUCAUCAUUAAAAAAAUUAUUUCUGGCAAGAAGAAAAACAUUUGUACUUGCCUGAUCGAAGUUCUUUUUCCCUUUUGGCCUUUUUGGCCUUCCCAUCUUGUUCGUGAGAAAACAUGGAGCGCGAAGACAAGUCCUUAGACGAUUUCUUUGCUAAGAAAGACAAAGGAAAGAAAGGAAAGUCGAAAACCAAGGGGAAGUUUACGACAACUUCGUCCAUUACCAAGCAGGUUGAGAAAUCGCAAAAGCCAGUGAAUGAACAAACCAAAGAACAAAAGCCAACUGCGAGUCAGCUUUCCAACACACAGAAUGAAGAGGAAUGGGAGGACUUCAAUGAACCAAAAGAAAAAGAUUACUCCGGUCUAAAAGUACAAUCCUUACAAAUAAGGGAUAAAGUUGAUGAAGAUAAUGAUGAUAAACCAGAGGAUGCUGAAGAAUAUGAUGAAGACUGUACAGAAAGAAAGGAUAAAUCAAGCAAUGUUUGGCAAGUGAACCUGCAGCCAACUGUUCCUGCCUCCGCCCCAGAAGUAAAACAAGAACCGAAGAAAGAAGUUGGCAAAGGAGCAUAUAUCCCUCCAUCAAUGAGGAGAGCCAUGGCAAAUCAAGCAGAAGGCAGAGAUCAGUCAUGGAAAUACAGAUCGGGUGCAAGAGAAAGAGACCCUCGCAGACCUCCUGAAAUUGCGAGCGAAAUUGCAUUUCCAACUCUUCAAGCUUCCACUGCUUCCAGCAAAAAUGAAUCGUCAUCUUCAUCGAACUUCGAGGACGUUAGGCAUGGCGGGCGUGCCGUGAGUGAACAGUCGUUGAAUCGAAGAACGGAUAUUGCUGUCGACAACAAAUUUAGUGCUCUGAGCAAGUGAUUCCUUGAUUCGCCUAGUCCAGGAAAUUCUGAUUAUUCACGAGAAUUAGUAUAUUAAAUGUCUAGUUUUAGUGCAAGCAGCGACAAGAUUGCUCAAUUGUAGACAGUGAAUUGACAGAAUUCGUUACACGAGAACGAGAUAUGGACUUAAAAUUUCUGCGAAUUUCGAAGCGUCGCCAUGGCGCCAUGAGUUAAAUGAACUACUUUGGGUAUUACUUUAUUGCAAGAUAAUGCUUUGCUUCAAAAUUCAUCUUCCGUUGGAGUCUCUAUAAAAUGAAACAUGAUGGCGAUAAAGGCGAGUUUUCAGAUCAUAUCUCGUUAAGCUAUACAUGCAUCGCAUAGUUUUGAAUGAACAGAUAUAGUGUUCAUAUACAUCUAGCAUGAACUAUGAAAUAUGUUCAACGUUGUAACUGUGUUAUGUAAAGAAAGGGAUAGGAAGAUGAAUAGAAAUACUUUAAAAAUUCAAUCGCGAAAUUUACAUGGCCAGACGUUUUCUUUCUGCUUGUGUGAGUUGUAUGUAUUUCAAGGGUUAUAUUCAUAGAAUAUCAAAGUGAAAAAAUGGUUUUGUUUUU